AUGUUUAAUCGAACAAUUAUUUAUAAUACAUUUUAUAAUAAUAAAAAAUUAUUAUUAAAAUAUGAUAUGAAAUUUAUUAAGUUUUAUCACAUUAAAAGGAGAAACUUUAAAACUAAUAAAUUAGUGAUAUAUUUAAAUUUUAAUGGUAGAGAACGUUUUUGUUGUUUUCAUAAUUUAAAAUAUAAGGAAGAUUUGAAAAAUGAUAAAAAUUUAAAAUCCGACGAGCAUAUAGAAAAUAAAGGUAAUUUGAAACUUAGUAAAACUAAAAAAAAUGAGAAUGAUAUUCAAAAUAAUGAAAAUACAGUAAAACACCAUAAAAAUUUAAUUAUAAAGAACGACUUAAAAUGUAACAAAGACUUCUUUUAUCAAUACUCUGAAAAUAAAGACAAAUGUGAGAAUAAUAAGGGUAUAGAAGUAAAAGGUAACUUUAAUAAGUUACAAAUAAAUCAAGAUAAAAUUGAAAAAAUGAUUUAUGGAUUACUAACAGAAAGCAAAAAUGAUAAAAAUAAUAUAAUAUAUGUUUUAGAUUUAAUAUCAAAUGAAAAAAAUUGUAACAAUUUUGUUAAUUUAUUAAUGUUGUCAAAAUUAUAUAAAAAUGUUAUUGUAAAUGAAAAAAAUUUUAAUAAUAAUCUCAUAAAUCAUAUUAAGGAAAACGUGAAUUUUAUAAUAUAUAAUAGGCAUUAUAAUUAUUUAUUUAAAUGUUUUGAAUUAUUAUCUACUUUUAAAAUAAAUGAUAUAAAAUUAUAUCAGAAAAUCAUAUAUUUAAUAAUUAAGCACUCAACUAACAUUGAAGAAAAUAUUAUUUCCUGUUAUUAUAUAAUUAAACAUUUAUAUGAUAAUAAAAUAUAUAAUAAGUUAGUUGGUAAUAUAUUGAGUAAAUUUCUUUUGAAGAAUUUUUUUUUUGAUUUUUUACAAAAACAAAAAUUUGAAAACUCUAUGUAUUUAUUAUUUUUGCACUAUAUGAUACAGUCUAAUUUAAAUAUAUCUCUCACUAUUUUAGAUAAAUAUGUUCAAUCCUAUAAUGAAAUAAUAAGUAAAAAUUUAACCAUUAAGUAUAUCAGCAAUUCAAAUAAAUUAAUAAGCUUUCAAAAUAUAUUGUUAAAAUGUAAUUUCUUUAAUCCUCAAUUCAAUUUAUUAAUUAAAGAAAAUAUUGAAUUAUACUUAAAAUUUUUAAACCCAUUUGAUAUAUUAUUAUUAGGAACAAAUAUAUUCCUGAACUUCACAAGAAAUGAUAACAUUUUGUUUCAAAAUAUAAAUUUCACAAAUAUUUCAGACCGAAUUUUUUUUGAAAAAGAAAAAAAGGACAUAAAAGAUUUCAGCAAGAACUAUAAUAAUUUUUUAUCAAUGAAAUAUUUAUCUGAUUUAAUUAUUAAAACAACUGAUAAUUAUAUUUCAAAUUCAAAUAACCUAGAUUAUACUUUAAGAUAUUUCAUUUUAUCUUCUUACUGUCAUUUUAAUUUGUUUUCGAAUUGGUGGUCUGAUACCUCAAUAUAUUGGAAGUUAAAAAAAAAAAAAAAAAAAACUAAAAGAAUCAUAAUAUCAAGAUUACCUUAUAAAAAUCAUUUUACAGAAAAAAUUUCUUACCUUUUAAAUGUUAUAUUAUUUAAGUAUAAAUACUCUAAAGAUUCUAAUGAAAUGAUGAAGGAAAAACUAAACAUUGAAGUGAACAGUAAAAAAGAUAUUAACAAUGAAGUUAACAUAAUUAAUGAUAUACAUUUUUUAAUAGAAGAUAGAUACAUAACAUAUUUAUUUAAAUCUUAUAUAAGGAUAUCUAUAUUUAACUUAGAUAUUAUAAAAAAUAAAGAUUUUCUUUCAUUAUUUCAAAAUUUAUAUUUAAAUUAUGUUAACUCUUAUAUUUCUAAUUAUGAGAAUAAGAAUAAUCGAAAUGGUAUGAAAAAUGAAAAUGAUUCAAAAAGUAAUAAAAAAAAUGAAUUAGGAGAUUUAACUUCUAAUAAUAAUUGUGAUAAAAACGUAAACAUGGAAUAUUAUUUAUAUGAAGAUAAUAACUUAAGUUUAUACGAAGUAAGUUCAAUAUGCGAAUGCUUUUUUCUUUUGAAUUAUUUACAUGAAAAGAGUUUAAAUAAUACAGGAGAAAAUAUAACUAUACAUAAUGUUGACAUAUUUGAAAAAACAUUGUAUAUUUUUCUUGAUAGAAUUAGCACAAUUUUAAUAAAUAAAAAUUUAGAUUAUAUUACAAUAAGUGACGAGAAUGUGUAUAAGGAAUUAGUAAAUAAAUAUUUAAAGUAUGGAGAUAUAUAUUUUAAUUAUUAUCUUUUAUUAAGAGUAAUUUUACCAUUAUUAUUCAGUAGUAAACUUCAAAAUUGUUUAAGUAUAACUAGGAAAAUUUUAGUUCAUAUAAUUUCAUUAUUAUUUGUAACAGAUUGUCUUGGUGCAUCUUCUAAAGAUAUUAAUAAAAUAAUUUCUCAAAACCACAAUAUUUUAAAUAAUUUUAUUAAAUGGGAAAAUAAUAUUAUAUCUAUAAAUAAUCAGAGAAGAAUUAGAAAGAAAACAAAAAAAAAAAAAAUCUUAUUAGAUUUUAUAUAUGCUAGUGAAUUUAUUCGUCCUUCUUUUAUAUAUAUUAUCUGCUUAAAUAAAAUAACAAAGUAUGAUGAUAUAUAUGAUGAUUUAUUAAAAAAGAUAUUUAAAAUUGAUUAUAUCCCUAAUGACAGUAAAAAAAAGUUUACAAUUUUUAUAAACAAUUUGUAUAGUACAGUAAAUAUCAGCAAUAUUAGAUAUAACAGAAAAAAAAAAAAAGAAAAAACAAACACAUUAAGUUACAUUUUCACUUAA